AUGUCUACCACCAAUAUCAUAACAGGCAGCUGUCUCUGCCAGAAAGUCCGAUACGAGGUGACCGGGCCCCCCAAGAUGACACUACUUUGCCACUGUGCCAACUGCCGCAAAGUGACAGGAUCCACUUACAUGGCUAACGCACUUUAUCAAAAAGAUCAACUUCACAUCAUAUCUGGAGAAGAUGUCCUCAAAGUUUACAAAGACAACAACACAGAGUCAGGAAACACUGUCGCUCGGACAUUCUGCUCUAACUGCAGCUCGCCAUUGUUCGCCAGCGGAGACUCGAACAGGACUGUUGCUGAUGUAGUCGCCAUUACUUCCGGGACGAUGGAUUUAGGUCCUUCGAGGGGAGACUGGGCACCUCAAUUCGAAGUGUAUUGCAGAAACCGGAGGGAGUGGAUUACACCUGUUGAAGGAACAAUGGGGAGUGAGGCUUUGGAAGUCUUUGGUCCGUCUCAAGUGGAAUGA